AUGGCUCUUUGUUUGAGACAUGUGAACAAAAAGGGAAAAGUUUGGGAGAGUUUACUUGGUAUUGUGCAUGUUUCCGAUACUACUUCUUUGACUCUUAAAACUGCUAUAGAGUCAUUGUUGAUGGAGUAUUCUUUGUCUUUCUCUCAGGUACCAGGUCAGGGUUAUGAUAGGGCAAGUAAUAUGCAAGGGUCAAUAAAUGGUCUUAAGAAUCUAAUACAAAACGAAUGUAAACAAGCAUACUUUGUCCACUGCUUUACUUACCAACUUCAGUUGACUCAAGUUGCACUUGCUAAAAAAACCUCUGAUUGUGCUUGGUUAUAUGUUGAUGUACUUGCACCUCUCUUGAACUUUGUGGGAGGUUCACCGAAGAGGAGAGAAGUUCUUCGUGAAAAACAAGCUCAAAGAGUUGUGAAAGCAUUGUCCUUAGGUGAACUUGAAACAGGGUUGGAUUUGAAUCAAGAAUGUGGGUUAUGUAGACCUUGUGACACUCGUUGGGGAUCUCAUUUCAAAAAAAUAUUAAAUGCGCUUGAUUUAUAUCCUUCAAACCUUGGGUCGCUUGAUGACAUUGCAGAAGUCUCUAAUGCACUUGAUUCUAACAAAGCACAAACUAUUACAAAUUUGUUGAUGUCAUUUGAUUUUGUGUUUGUGGCGCAUUUGAUGGUUGGUAUCUUUGGGAUAACAAAUAACUUGAAUGUGGCAUUACAAAAACGUGAUCAAGACAUUGUACAUGCAAUGAGAAUGGUUAAUGUAGCCACGAUUAAUUUGCAAGAGAUGAGAGAUGAGGAUGGGAUUCUUGUAUGGAGAAGGUGA